AUGGCUCCAUUUAAACGGCACUUGCGCGACUUGUGGCUCGAAGAAGAGUUGAUUGAAGCACUGUCUUACACUGCAUCGGGCACAUUUGGAGCCAUUUUGGCGUAA